UAUCUUCCGAGUUCACAGCUACAAAGCUUCAUUCGCAAACAACACACCAAAAUAAGACGAACCACAGUGCAGAAACGUACGAAAUGAAGAAUUUACUCGUGUUCAUAGGUGUUUUAAUUGUGUGCGUCAAUGCCGAAGACGACUAUGGAACCAUCGAAGAAGUCGAAGAAGACUCUCCAGCGGAUAAAAUAAAGGAUCAUCCUGACAAAUGUUACGUGGAGAAUAUUGGAUUGAUUGACAAAGGAUCGGAAGUUAAAGUUAGCGGAAAAUGCGAAAGUAUACAGUGCUUGGACGGUGGGAAAUACCGUGUGAAAAAAUGCGACGAAGUGACGAUGGAAUGGCCAUGCUAUACUAUUAAUCGAGAAAGACCUUUUCCCGACUGCUGCGAAGUCUCAGUGGAAUGCAUUGAUCUGCCUACGCGGCCUACGCCUAUUCCUCCUAAAAGAAACUAGUGCAUGUUCCACUUUUUUCAAACUAUUUCGUUUGGUUCUUGUUUAUGAAAAGCUUGUUCUUUUCUAUUAAUCCAACGGUGUGUCAUGGUCUUUUGAAUCAUUAGUCAGAGCAAGUGUUGUUUCAAAUAGAGAACCCUUUACUCGAAAAUUAAUAACCAACAUUCUUGAACCGAUUCAAUACAAAUGUUUACUUUU